GAUCGCUUAAUCCAGAUGAAUUACCAACUCGAAGAUUUUCCCCAACUCGACUACAAGAAGAGAUGGAAUGGUGGAGAGGACCACAAUGGCUGAAACUUCAAGAAAAUUGGCCAAAUUUAAAUUAUAACUAUGAAAUUCCAAACGAAAUUUCUCACUGUGAAAUAGUUAAAAUAACAAUCUCUCAAGCUCAAACAAAUGAGCCAUUCUUUCAACAUCAAGUACCAUCUUCCUGGACAAGAUUGAAGCAGAUGAUUGUCUAUGUGACACGAUUUCCAAGAAACGAAACAGAAACAUGCUACGCUAUUCUCAGUUAUGGAAGGCUACAGGUCUACAAGCUACAGGAUUUUCAGUCUACGGGAUUGGACUAUUUUGGUCCCAUCAUAGUUAGAUUAAACGAACAAAGAAUCAAAGUUUGGGGAACAUUGUUCACGCGCCUCACUACUCGAGCAAUACAUCUGGAGACAGUAACUGAUUAAAC